CCGCGCUUGCGUGCUAUGCCAAGGCUGCAAGGCACUGAGGGGAGAGGCGCCGCCGUCAGCGCCGCUGCCGCUGGGACCCGUUAGAGCGGAAGCGCCGCCGUCGCCGCCUUUGCUGUCCCCGGGCCUCUAGUUCCCGGCAGGUGGGAGGCGGGAGCCAUGUCGAAACGGCUCCGGAGCAGCGAGGUGUGCGCUGACUGCAGCGGGCCGGAUCCUUCCUGGGCAUCAGUAAAUAGGGGAACGUUUAUAUGUGAUGAGUGCUGCAGUGUCCAUCGGAGUCUAGGGCGCCAUAUCUCCCAAGUGAGGCAUCUGAAACACACACCAUGGCCUCCAACAUUGCUUCAGAUGGUUGAGACCUUGUAUAAUAACGGUGCUAACUCUAUAUGGGAGCAUUCUUUGCUGGACCCUGCAUCUAUUAUGAGUGGAAGACGUAAAGCUAAUCCACAGGAUAAAGUACAUCCCAAUAAAGCGGAAUUCAUCAGAGCCAAGUAUCAGAUGUUAGCAUUCGUCCAUCGCUUGCCCUGCCGGGAUGAUGAUAGUGUGACUGCCAAAGAUCUUAGCAAGCAACUCCAUUCAAGCGUGAGAACAGGGAAUCUUGAAACCUGUUUGAGACUGUUGUCUUUAGGAGCACAAGCCAACUUCUUUCAUCCUGAAAAAGGAAACACCCCACUCCAUGUUGCCUCCAAAGCAGGGCAGAUUUUACAGGCUGAAUUAUUAGCAGUAUAUGGAGCAGACCCAGGCACACAGGAUUCUAGUGGGAAAACUCCCGUUGAUUAUGCAAGGCAAGGAGGGCACCAUGAGCUGGCAGAGCGCCUUGUGGAAAUACAGUAUGAGCUGACGGACAGACUAGCCUUCUAUCUCUGUGGCAGGAAACCAGAUCACAAAAAUGGACAGCACUUUAUAAUACCUCAAAUGGCAGACAGACGGCUCAGCCUGGAUUUGUCUGAAUUGGCAAAAGCUGCUAAGAAGAAACUUCAGUCUCUAAGUAAUCGUUUGUUUGAAGAACUUGCCAUGGAUGUGUACGACGAAGUUGACAGGCGAGAGACGGAUGCAGUCUGGCUUGCCACGCAAAACCACAGCGCCCUGGUAACUGAGACAACGGUCGUCCCCUUUCUUCCGGUCAAUCCUGAGUACUCAUCAACACGAAACCAGGGCAGACAGAAGUUAGCUCGGUUCAACGCCCAUGAGUUUGCCACACUGGUCAUUGACAUUCUCAGUGAUGCCAAGAGGAGACAGCAGGGCAGUUCUCUCUCGGGUUCAAAAGACAAUGUGGAGCUCAUACUGAAAACAAUCAAUAACCAGCACAGCAUUGAGAGUCAAGACAAUGACCAGCCCGACUAUGACAGCGUGGCAUCAGACGAAGACACAGAUUUGGAAACCACUGCAAGCAAAGCAAACCGGCAGAAGAGCCUAGAUUCAGAUUUAUCAGAUGGACCAGUCACUGUACAGGAAUUUAUGGAGGUCAAAAACGCUCUAGUGGCUUCUGAGGCCAAGAUACAGCAGCUAAUGAAGGUGAAUAACAACUUGAGUGACGAGCUGAGAAUUAUGCAGAAAAAGCUUCAAACACUCCAGAGUGAAAAUUCGAACCUCAGGAAACAGGCCACAACCAAUGUAUAUCAGGUGCAAACUGGUUCUGAGUACACAGACACUUCCAACCACUCUUCCUUAAAGAGACGUCCGUCUGCCCGGGGCAGUAGGCCCAUGUCCAUGUACGAGACCGGAUCAGGUCAGAAACCGUAUCUCCCAAUGGGAGAAGCGAGCCGCCCUGAAGAGAGCAGGACAAGACUCCAGCCCUUCCCCGCACACAUCGGGAGGAGUGCGUUUGUGACCUCCUCUUCAUCUCUGCCUUCCUUCCCCUCCACACUUUCCUGGUCGAGGGACGAAAGCGCCCGAAGGGCAUCCAGGCUGGAGAAGCAGAACAGCACACCUGAGAGUGACUACGACAACACUCCCAACGACAUGGAGCCAGAUGGCAUGGGGUCAAGCCGAAAGGGACGGCAAAGAAGUAUGGUGUGGCCAGGUGAUGGCUUGGUACCAGACACAGCAGAACCCCACGUGGCCCCAAGCCCCACUCUCCCUAGUACCGAAGAUGUCAUCAGGAAGACUGAACAGAUCACCAAAAACAUACAGGAGCUCUUAAGAGCAGCCCAAGAAAAUAAACAUGACAGAAACCCAAGUCUGACAUGGUGAGGACUUCCCUUCGUUUACUGACGUCCAGUGCCUACCGAUUGCAGUCAGAGUGCAAAAAGACCCUCCCAGGGGACCCCGGCUCACCCACAGACGUCCAGCUGGUCACUCAGCAGGUCAUCCAGUGUGCGUACGACAUCGCCAAGGCUGCCAAGCAGCUGGUAACCAUCACCACCAAAGAGAACAACAACUGACAAGGGCAGGGUGCCGCCUCCUCUGUUUUCUAGGCUUUAUAAAGUCCAAUUUCAAAUUCAGACACAGAACUCUUCAGAUUUCUACAAAAAGAAACAUUUAAUGAUGGUUUAAAACUUUUUAAAAGAAAACUCAGUAUUAUUUUUGCAUGUUUUCUAACCAAUUUUCAACUAUUUAACCCACUUGCCUUAUUUUGUGCCUAUUUGCUGGUUUAGUUUCUGAUGUUCGGUUGUGUUGUCAAUAACUGUCGAGUUGAUCACAUACAUCCAAAAGAAUAGUUUCAUUGUCUAAAGUUUGUGAAAACUUUUCCAUCCCUUAAAACUCCCUGCCUAUGGCUAAAACUAUAAAUGAAAUUUUUCAUAAAACAUUUUCUUGAGAGAGUUCGGUUUAAAAAACAAAAAAUCAACAUCAUUUGUUCCCUACCAAGCAUCGUGCAAUAAGUGAAUUUCCUGGCCUACUCAGAAUCUCUAAGCUUGGGGUAUCUCCAAGCAUGUAUGUAGAGAAAGAACUUUGCCACUUUUUAAAACUAGUGUCACAGUCUCUCUUGGGAGGAAA